UGAGAAUUUCCUGUUCAGACCCUCAGUGACACAGUGAUGAGAAAUCUACUUUUUCCACUCCUGACUCACUCUCAGCCUUCACAGGGUACUCUGUGAAGAUCACAGACAUUGUUUGUUCUUGUCCUGGAUUUAUGGCUUUUGAUUUCACCUUUUAUUUUCCAGCUACUUAAGGCCUUUUUAUGAGAGUAACCUGGGCUCGGCACUAAAGGACACCCAACUUUUUGGGGACAAAAGUCCAGGUAUCAUAGAGCACAGUCUGACAUCACACAGUUGCAGAGAUGGAUAAUCAAACAGUAAUCUACUCUGAAAUGCUUCUGGCCAAAACUCCAAAAAGGCAGCAAAAGAAAUCUAAGGACACUACGAGCUCCAUUUCAGAAACUGACCAGGAAAUAACCUAUGCUGAAUUAAACCUUCAAAAUGCUGCUCAGGAUCUUCAAAGGGUUGACAGAUCUUACCACUACAAAGAUUUACUGUUACCUCAAGAGAAGCUCAUUGCUGGGAUCCUGGGAAUUCUCUGUCUUGUCUUAAUAAUGUCCACUGUGGUAACAAGUCUUGUCAAUUCCUCCAGAGUACCUCAGGAACAGAAUAAUUUUUCCCAGACUACAAGAACCCAGAAAGCAUGUAAUUGUGGUCGUUGUCCAGAGGAGUGGCUCACAUAUUCCACCAAUUGUUAUUACAUUAGUAAGGAAACAAAAACUUGGGAUGACAGUGUGAAGGCCUGUGCUUCUAAGAACUCUAAUCUGCUUUAUAUAGACAAUGAAGAAGAAAUGAAAUUUCUGAGCUCCCUUUCAAAGAAAGCAUGGAUUGGAGUCUUUCGUAACAGCAGUGAGCAACCAUGGAUAUCAAGAAAUGGUUCAACUUUCAAACUUAAAAUAGAGGAAACAGUAUCUGGUAGACAUAACUGUGCUGUGCUACAGUCACCCAGUCUGCACUCAGGUGGAUGUGAAUCUACAAAAACAUAUAUUUGUAAGCACGAGCCUUAGAAGAAAAGCACCUGAGUUUGGAGCCAGCCAGGUAAUAUUAUAUUUUGUGAAAUGGAAAUAAUAUUAUGAUUGCAUCAGUCAAUGAAUCGUAAUUUGUUUAGUAAUGAAAAGAUAUUCAAAAAUAAUAUUUGUAGAAUAAUGCAGACAACAGAAAGUACAGGAUAUCGUUGCUUUUGUGUCUGGUUUUUGUACUGUUUUUUUUCUUUUUUGCUCAACAUUGUAUCUGUGGCAUUCAUGUGUUCAAAAUAUUGCAUGCUAUGUGAAUCUGUCUAUAUGAAAUAUCAAGAAUGGGCGAACCCUUAGAGACUGAAAGGAGAAUAGUCGUUGUCAAGGCGAAGGGGAGGUUGGAAUAGGAAGUUACCACUAAUUGCUACAUUUUUUCUUUUUCGGGUGAUGAACUUUUCCAAAUUUUGGAAGUACUUUGGUUGUAACUUUGUGAAUAUACUAAAAUUAACUGAUUUAUACACUUUAAAUAUAUGAAAUUUAUGUUAUCUACAUGACAUCUCAAUAGCACUUAUUUGGAAAUAUCUCUCCUGCAAUUAUGUUUGGGACUGCAUUAUUCUCUAAAGUCAUAUUCAAAUAUUAGGCUUCUGUAUAAAGUUAACUUU